AUGGGCCUUGCCCUUCUCUUCUCCCUCACUUUCCUCUUCUCUCAAGUUCCAGCCCGAGCCGUUUUUGCUCACUUCAUGGUGUCAAACACGGAAGGCUACACUGUCGCAGACUGGGAAGCGGAGAUGACUCUGGCCAUCGACGCCCGCAUUGAUGCAUUUGCCCUGAAUAUCACGGCCGACCAGUCGGUCAACACGGCUUCCGUGGCGAAUGCCUUUCCAGCAGCUGAGAACGUGGGCUUCUACCUCUUCUUUUCCUUCGACUAUGCCGGGAACGGGCCGUGGGCCAAGGCCGACGUGAUCGACCUGAUCCAGAGCUAUGACUCCCCCGAUGUCUACUAUCACCACAAUUCCCAACCGUUCGUGUCCACGUUCGAGGGGCCCGCUAACGCGGCCGACUGGGUCGAUAUCAAGGCCGAGACCGGCUGUUUUUUUGCACCGGACUGGUCGUCGCUGGGCGCCAUGGAGGCGAUGCAGCAGGCAGAUGGCAUCGCAAGUCAAUCUCUGCGGGCUGUGCCGCGGCUUCCGGGUGCCAUUUCCUCCACCACUAUCAACGUCACCCCGGCCUCCUCUUUGGGCGAUCAAACUUGCGUGGAGGGCUGGGGGGACGGCAACUUCCUGGGACUCUGUGAAAAGUCGUGCUCUUGGGGAUACUGCCCAAUGUCGGCCUGUGUGUGCUCCAAACUCGGUCUCCCGCCCACCGUGCCCAAAGACACGGGCGUUCAGGGCUAUCCCAUCGCCGGCGAAGACGCCAGCUAUAGUGGCUUAUGCUCCUUCGAUUGCAACCACGGCUACUGUCCGACCACCGCAUGCGGCACGGUCGAGGUCCCCCUGACAAUCCCCACCGUUUCGGACUUUGCGCCGCCCGCCUGCACCGCGGGCGAGGGCAGUGGGGAUCUGGUAAAUCUCUGCGGCUUUGCCUGUGGUCUCGGCUUCUGCCCGAUCCAAGCCUGCAACUGCACCGCCACCGGUGCCUUGGAUCUCGCCUCGGUGGUCAACGCCAGCAUCACCGCGCAUCUGACCUCCGGGGGGGGGGGGGAUGACUACGGGCUGUGCGAUUUUGCCUGCCAGCGCGGGAAUUGCUACGACGAGUGCGAAGAAGGGGACUCCUGGUCGGCAAGUGACGAGAUUUCCUUCUCGGACGACGACACCCGAUUCUGGUGCCAGAUUGUCUCGCCGUGCGACUAUGAUCUGAACAUCACGACGAUGGCGGACCUGGACCUGCAAGCGGCCAACAUGGACGACGAGUGCAUCCUCUACCACAUGCUCACAGUUUUGUAUUAUCUGAUCGAUGAGGUGGUCGCCAACUAUACGGAGAUCAUCACCCACAACAACUACAACAAUACCCUAAAGUACUACCGGAAGUACGUCGAGAACAACAUCACCAGCUCCCUCGACAGUGUUAUGUAUUGGGCGCCGGCCGGACCAGGCCUUGCCUACUUCGACUGUAUCGUCGAGUACCGUGGGAAGAAUGAGACAGAGACCAGCUGCCCGAACUACAGCGCGACGGGCGUCUUCAGCAUCUACUACGAGCCCCUGAACACCACCGCCUUCGAGGCGAUGUUGUUGGCCGACUACGGCAUUCAGCCCAGCUGGAUCCAGUACGGGAAGAAGGUCGACGAUUUUCUCUGCACCGGCACUUCCGCCGGGGCCCCCUCAUGCCAUUCGUCGCAAAUCACCUGGUACGGCAUCCCCGAGGAUGCCGACAACGUGGUCAUCACGGACCCGCGCGUUGUGGUGGAGCAGGCCCUACCCAACCUGGAAGGUCUUCAGGCCAACAUUCUGGCGGUGCAGAUGCAGAUGCUCCUGGGGGCCUGGCCCGGGGUGACCGAUGAUGUUGUGCAGAGCGUCUCCCUGGCCGUGGAGCUGCUCCUCCAAGCGGUCAGCUCCAUGCAGGAGGUGGUCACGAUCGGCAAGGAGGAAGAGGCCUGGGAAAGGAAGGAGAUGAUUGAGGAGAUCCUGGGUGCCAUCUUCCUGGUGGUUCCGUUCCUGGGCGAGGUGGACGCCAUCAGCGACGCGUUUGUGGAUUUCUCCGAGAUCGCCACUAUCGUGGGUGACACGACCAUCCUGGGUGACAGCAUCUACGAGAUUGCCAAAGACCCCAAGAAUAGUUUCAUGACCAUCCUGACGACCUUGCUUCUGGUCGGGCAACGACCCGCCGAGGAAUACGAGACCAUGGCCGCCGCGCGGCGGGAUAUUUCCGACGAGACUAUUGAGACCUUGGGCCCAGUGUUCCGGGAAAAGAAUACCCAGGUCGAAAAUUUGGUGAAGGAUUGUGCGGUGGCUUGA